AUUUGGAGAAGGUGCGCAAAGCGUCGCCUUAAAAUUAAGACUCAGCCAACCUCUCCAAAUAUGGAUGUUCGUCAUUUUCCAUCCGCAAACAAACAGGUGAAGUAAUAUAUGAUAAAUUGGAUUCGCCUAGAUCGGAAUGCUUCUUACUUGGUCUCCAUAUAGUGACAUGCCUUUCGAAGAGCAAGAGGCUCAAUAAAGUCCUCCAAGACUCGUGCUCUGAUCUACGAUUCUAGCCGGCAGAUCAACGAAGCUGCCCUUCAGUCACGGAUUCAAGCGGUUAUUAGGAAUGCUUCUUCAUAUCUAUAUAACAUGCUUCCUAAUGACUAGUUUAAUAAACUCCGCGUAAACAUCGGGAAAAUAGUGGAAAGGGCUAUUAAGGUUUAGAAUCCUCUUCAGCGGUCCCUACAAAGAUAUGAACUGGAUUUCGAGUCUCUUGAGUAGGAAGACAAUCAAUAGAGCUUACUAGAUUUCCUAGAGGGUAGCCACUCAGGAAGUGAAACCAACCCGAAUAUGUUAGAUGAAAGUCUACUUACUAUGUUCCCGCGCCUAACAGUGGUGGAGAAAGGAAACUAGUUCCCGCUUACCUACAUUGUGCAGUUAAGGAGAUCCCAGCCGCAGUGCGUGGCAGCAGAACAAGAGGUGAGCAAUGUACCGACCAGCCCCGUUAUUGGUCGGGUUGCAGACAGUGUGUCCUGGAGACCUUGUUGGCCCCCUACCUCUCUGGAGUCCCGAAGAUUCCAUACCAGGAUCUCUUGAUCGCAACCUCCUGUGGGGUAACCGUCCAGCUAGUUGAUUUGAUUUGCUUUCCUAAUAUGACGUCAUGUGGCCAGCCCAUGUGACAUAUCUGCAUCAUCACUCGCAACGUCACCUCCACUCCACGUUUUACUGAGCACAAUUCCAGCAUGCCAGGCUUUUAUUUAUCGGUAACUAACUACCAUUUAUUUCCGUGCUUAUGUCGGAACAGCGUGGACGGCGCGGCAGUCGAGGCGGACGACGUGGAAACCGUGGUGACUUCACUGUUCCAUUCCGUCAAGGGCCGCCUCAAGAUGGUCGAGGUGGAGUUGACCGUGGCAGAGGAAGGGGAGCUUUCAGAGGGUUUGGGGGAGGACUGAGAGAUGGCUUCGGUAGGGGCCGCGGCGGCGAUGGCUUCGCUCCAGUCAACACCCCACCCUCCCGAUUACGUCCCUGCCCUCGACGGAAGUGUUGCAGAGGUUGAAAACGCUAUCAUUAAGUCAUCAAUGGAGCAGAAGAAGGGUCACACUGAUGCUUUAAUGCCUCAGCGACCAGGUUUCGGUACUCAAGGACGAAAAGUGAUGCUAUGGGCCAAUUCCUUCCCCCUGGUGUUUAAGAGCGAUGUUCAGUUAUACCGAUACAGUGUCGACGUCUUACCUGGGGAUGAGCGGAGCAAGGUUCCAACGGGGAAGAAGAUGAAGAGGUUGGUCCAGUUACUGCUUGAGGACCAUUUUCCCGACAAGAAGCUUGAAAUCGCGUCGGAUUUCAAGUCGAACCUCAUAAGCUCGGUUAAACUGGAGCUUAACGAUGCGGGAUAUAGAAUCCUGUAUCGUAGCGACUACGAGGAUGAACUUGUCACCACUGGACCUAUUUACAGUGUUUGCGUGCGAUCAACAGGCAUGCUUUAUGCGUCUGAGCUUGUCAACUAUCUGACAUCAACACGCGCUGGUGCUUUACUUAGUUCCAAAGACGAGAUCAUCCAAUGUCUCAAUAUUGUCAUGGGUCACACUCCCAAGGCUGCCGUCGGUAUCACAUCUGUCGGCUCUGGCAAGCACUUCCAGCUGGCUAGCGCUGAGAAGAUGAGCCUUGGUGCCGGGCUAACGGCACUUCAAGGGUUUUUUUCCAGUGUGCGCGCGGCCACUGCCAGAGUUAUUGUCAAUGUUCAGGUCAAAAACGCGGCCUUCUAUGACGAGGGUCCUCUUGACAUGCUGAUGCAUGCAUAUAUGAAUGAGAACGGCCCAAACAAGGUUAAGCUUGGUAAUUUCCUCAAACGGCUGUCGGUCAACGUUACACACAUCAGGAAAAAAAACAAGAAGGGCCAGCUAAUCCCACGUAUUAAGCAGAUUGCUGGCCUGGCUACCCCUGCCGAUGGGCAGGGUGAGACAAAGCCUCCAAAGGUUUGUGAUUUUGGUGCUGGACCCAGAGACGUUCUAUUUUAUCUGGCGGGGCCCCCGGUUUCGGGUGAAAGAUACAUUAGCGUGUAUGACUUCUUUCAGCAGACCUACAACAUCACCAUCCAAGACACCAACCUUCCGGUUAUUAAUGUUGGUACUCGCCAACGCCCAUCGUACCUACCCGCACAAAUAUGCGAGGUGCUUCCGGGGCAGGCUUCGGGGGCUAAAUUAAGCCCAGCCCAGACCCAGAGGAUGAUCAGGUUUGCAGUGCGCAAACCUGCACAGAAUGCCCAAUCUAUCGUCACGUCUGGACUCCAGACACUGGGAAUUGGUAGCGAGGAAUCGAACCUGGGAACCUUCGGACUCGACUUGAUCCCGAAGUUGAUGACUGUGCCGGGCCGCGUGCUGAACUGUCCCAAUGUCAAAUACAGAGGUAACCGAACCAUAACGCCCAGACUUGGUAGUUGGAAUAUGCAGUCCAUACAGUUCUCAGCUCGAGCAAAACUGCCAUACUGGACGUUCCUUUGGUUAUCGUACCCCAACGGCCGCGACCCAUGGAGGGAUGACGCCGCCUUGAAGCCUACGAUCGAUGCUUUUACCAACACGCUUCGUGAAACUGGCAUUAAUGCCGCCAACUGCGUCCGUGGUCAACAUAUUGUGGUCAAUGACGUGGAGCGGGACAUUGACAAGGCUAUUCAUACGUUUGCGAGCAAUCCCAAGCCUCCCAUGUUCAUUCUCGUAAUUUUGCCAGCGGCCGAUACUGCCAUCUACAACCGAGUCAAGUAUGUCUGUGACGUUAAGGAGGGCUUACUAAACGUGUGUGUUAUUGCGAACAAGUUCGCAAAACCCAACAAUGCCCAAUAUUUUGCGAACGUCGCACUCAAGUUCAACCUCAAGCUUGGCGGCCGGAAUCAACUCUUGGAGAACGCCAAGCUUGGACUCUUGUCUGACAGCAAGACCAUGGUUGUUGGCAUUGAUGUGACACAUCCGUCCCCUGGCUCAUCGUCCGAAGCUCCUAGUGUGGCGGGCAUCGUUGCUUCAGUCGAUGAGAAUCUCGCACAGUGGCCUGCGGACUUGAGGAUUCAGACUGCACGCCGGGAAAUGGUGGUGGACCUGGAUACUAUAAUGAAAUCACGUCUGGACCUGUGGAUGAAGCGGAAUGGUUCGUACCCAGCCAAUAUCCUUGUCUAUCGAGACGGUGUCUCGGAAGGACAAUACAACCUGGUGCUUGAGAACGAGCUCCCCGCGCUUCGCAAGGCCUGCAAGGAGUUCUACCCAGCAUCGUCUAGAAAGAAGGGCUACCCGCGGAUAACGAUCGUCGUCGUCGGCAAACGCCACCAUAACCGCUUCUACCCCACAAAGGCGGAAGAUUCCGACAGGUCGACUAACCCACAAAACGGAACCGUCGUUGACCGUAGUGUCACAGAAGCACGCCACUGGGACUUUUUCCUGCAAGCUCACGCUGCGAUUCAAGGCACGGCCCGUCCCGCACAUUAUUAUGUCGUCUACGAUGAGAUCUUCCGUGAGACGAAAGUCCAGCAACCAUUCUUGAACGCUGCUGACUCCCUGGAAGACCUCACACAUAAUAUGUGCUAUCUGUUCGGACGGACGACCAAAGCGGUAAGCGUCUGCCCGCCAGCAUACUACGCGGACCUUGUCUGCGAGAGGGCACGAUGCUAUCUGAGCAAAUUGUUCGAUCCGUCUCCCGUGACCAGUCCUGAGCCGAGUAUUGCCAGAGGAGUGGGAUUACAGGGUGUGGACUCGAGUCUAGUCAGUAUCCAUAAGAAUAUUCGCAACACAAUGUUUUACAUUUGAGCCUUGGCCGUCUGCUUUGUGGGACAUCUAGCAAGGACGAAGCUGGAUUUGAUCAUGGAUUUCCAAAUCUUGAGAAUCAUGAUAAGAGAAUAGUCAGAAGAAAAAGCCACCAAUCUUCGUCUUCACCCAUUACAUUUGAAUAUCCUCAGUUGUCACCAUGGGCCGUGCAGUAUGCCUUGACUACUGUGAUAAGUAGGUGGUGGAACGAAAUAGGCUCGCGGGUAGGGGGUCAGUUUGGCAUCAAAUAAGCAACUCCGCGACUUUUUCGUUGGAGGGGGCAGUAAAAUUAAAAGUUCUACCGAUAGUUAUUGUCGCAUGGAAGGUGUACUGCCGACCUUCUGCAAGUUAUUUUAAUCUAUAGCCAUAAGCAACCUUUUUACUCACUUGCUUAGGAGGGUUAGCCCUCAUUCAGAGCUCGAGAGUGUCUAUGGAGGAAGACACUGCGGCAGAUUACGCAGUACCAUAGUAGAAUAUUGUCGGCAAGAUUUUCAGUGUGCCAACUUGGCCAGCGACCACUUCAAGGCGUCGCCAAGGAUUUAGGUCACCCGACCUUCUCAAAGCUCACAUGCGCACCUGAACCCCGCAUGUCAAAGAUCUCCAACAAAACUAUCAGCUUCGCUCCCUUUUCGAACUUCAUUUCGCACAUUACCAAACUUUUCAACUCCAGUUCCGAACCUUUCUCUUUUUAGCUUCCUGAUUUCUCUGACCUCGAAAAUGGGGAGUCGUGCUGAAUCCGACAUCGACGCGAUGAGAACUACAAGGCCUUUAGAGGAAAUGGGCAUCGACCUAAAUGAUAAUACUGAGAGCUUCCUUUCCCGUUGCAUUGCUGCUCAGUCGUUUGCGGACUACCUCACCGAUUCCGAUACUGAUACCGAAAACUCUACUCUACCUCCUAGUAGACGUUGGGUAUGGUAUUGCAAACUUCCUGGUUGCCCAAAAUACUACUCAGCCUGGACUUGCAAAACAAAUUUCCUCCUUCACCUCUACGAGACACCGAUGCAUCGCGAGGACGACAAUACGAAGACGCGUGAAAGUCGGCGUACACUAGCAAGAAGCUGGAGGAAGGAAACUGCGUAUGAUCUCAGCGAGCCGAAAGAAACACCACCACAACAUAAUGACUCUCAAGUUGGGAACACAUGAAAUUGGCGCUUAGAAUUAUACCUUCUCAGGAGGCGGCAGACGAACUGUUAUGUGUUAUGUUACAAAUUCGCGCGGAGAGAAUUCAAGUUGCUUCCUGUUAUCUUCACUGUAUCAUGUGAAUACUUGGAGGCAUUCUUUGGCCGACUUUCCUGGGUCUGGCUGGUCUGUAUUCAGUUCACUUCAAUGUAGCGAGCUACCAUCCCUGCAGGUUGUCGUAUUUUUGUCUGCUAUAAUAUAGAAUGGAAUACAUUUUUGGGGAUACGCC